AUGUUGGAAUUUUACUUGGAGGAACAAGCCAGAAGUGUGGGGAGCCGCAAUCCCGAGAUCCAGCGCAAGCGACGGGCGGAGCCCUCGCGAGGUGAGCGAUGCGAUCGGCGGAGCGAGACUCCAGAGUUGGAGCUCAUGGCGUUCCCAUUCACAAGCCCCAUGGCAUCCCCAAGGAGCGAGUGGUCCUCGUGGGCGUCUCCUCGAAGCAGACGGGAGCCGGAAGUGUCGCCAGGAGCAACGGAGGAGGAGGACAGCGACGGCAGCGACGUGGUGGUGGUCUCCGUCGAGCCGGCUCCGAGGAGAGCCGAGCUCCGGAGAUGGCAGCUCAACGACGAGGAGGAGCGGGCACGGGAGCAGGAGCUGCGACGCGACGCAGCGUUCCUCGGCAUCGCCAUCCGAUCGGCGGAGCGCUAUUUGCGUGAGCGGAAGCGCGAAACUGCAGGGCAACGGGAGCCGAAGCAGCCGUUGAAAACCAGGCCGCCAGCGACGCCAUCGCAGCCGACGUCAAGGCCAGCAGCAGCGCAGCAGGAGGACGGCAGAGGAUGGAGCGCAGAGCGCAGGCCCCAGCACACCCAACAGCGCAGCCGCCAGCGACCCGGCAGCGACCCCAGCAGCGCGGCCAACAGCCGAGACCGUGCGGAGGAGCCAGAUGGAGCAGCAGCGCAAUCGGCGAGCAGCAGCAGGAGGGCGCGACGCGAGGAGGAGGGGCGGCGACGCGAAGAGGGGCGACGACGCGAGGACGAGCGGCGACGCGAGGAGGAGCGACGACGCGAAGAGGAGCGGCGACAUGAGGAGGAGGCCCGAAGCAAGGCAGCGGAGAAGGCGCAAAGGGAGGCGGCGCUGAACAAGGCCAUGAUGCGGGAAGCAUAUGCCGCCCUGCAACGGCAGAUGGAGGCCGCGCGGCGGGAAGCCGAAGCUCACGAGAGGAUCGAGGAGGAGGCUCCGCCUCCUCCGAGGUUCCUCAAGGGGAGGACAGGUCUGUUUAGCGGACCGACGGGGCAGCAGCAACCCAAACAGGGUGAGGAGGCACCCUUAUGGGAACGCCGGCACCCCGAGCCACCGCCGCAGCCACAGAGCACACAACAACCGACGCCCCCGCAGUCACCGCCACCAAAAUCACCACCGCCGAACGCACCGACACAACAGUCGUCGUCACGACAGGAGGAGGCACCGAAGGAGCCGCCACAGGAAGAGGCUCAGCGGCCCCAGUUGGGUGGUCCGGAGACCGCGGUGUGCGGGCCAUUUGUGUCACAAAACGUGCACACGGCGGUAAGGAAUGGCAUGAUAUGGCACCACCAAGUUAUCCACAUAACGUGGGCGUCGGGACCCGCACCAUCGGAAGCGCAGGAAGAACGGAAAGUAUGGGAGGAGGAACCGGCCCCGCGAAGCAACGCGCGUGAUCCACGACAGCACCGGAGGCAGGCAGAGGCCAUGAGGGCAGAGGAGACGGCGUCGGAGGAGCGGGAGCCAGCGGCAGCGAAGGCACCGGCUGCGACGGCGACAGAGGCACCGACAGCGGCAGCAACGGAGGGGGCGGCAGCGACGGAAGAGGCGGCAGCGCCAGCGACGGCGACGGCAACGGAAAUACCGACGGCGGCGAUGGAGGUACCGGCAGCGACGGUGACGGAGGUACCGGCAGCGACGGUGACGGAGGAACCGGCAGUGCCAGCAAUGACGACGGCGACGGAGGUACCGUCAGCGAACACGGAAAGCGAGAGGUGGGAGCGCGGUCCGUGGGUGUGGCCCUCACCUGCGAAAGACAAGCCUAGGCCUGUCCUAGUGCGGCAAUCGUCGUGCCCGGAUCCCAGGGCUGAGGUCGCCCGGCCGAAGCUGCAGAGACAGCAGUCGGUGGAGGAGCCGACGGGGAAGAACGUCCGCUGGCGACAUGUGGAUGUUGAAGAAUGGCCGGAGGCAGUGGCUCGGGCGGUGGAAGGCACACGCCGGAUCGGUCGACGCGUGAAGCGUCUCGUGAGGGUGCGCGGGGUGCGGUACCGGGUAUCAGCAUCGGCAAACCAGGUCGAGGUGUCCGUCGAGGCAUGA